CACUCGCCGGCUUCCGGUGAGACCGCAGCGAGGGUCUGUCUGCAGGUUGUGCAAACUGGGAGCAGCGGAGUCGUGACAUCCCGGGGCAAUGUCGAGUCGGGCUCUGCGGAGGCUGAAGGGGAAACAGCGGGGCCAGGAGCCCCUGCACCUCGAAGACCUCCUGCUGCACGGUGGGGGCGCGGAGAAGGAGAAGGAGAAGGAGGAGGAGGGCGAUGACGAUGACGAUGAAGCCCCUGACCCGUGUGUUUUGGUACCGGCCAAAACGAGCAGCAACCGGAAAGCAAAGAAAAACAAGACGCAAAAAAACAUCAGCAACCUCUUUGAGCUGAUACAUGAGGCGGACAGCGGCCCCGGGGGGGAACUGGGCUCCAGGCUGCAGGAGGAGGCCGGGGAGAAGAGUGACCGCGGAGAAACCGAGACGGGAGGCGAGUCUGUCGAGGCCGACAAGUGCAAUGGCAGUGAGAAAGCAAGGAAGAGGAAGAAGAAAAAGAAGAAGAGCAUGCCAGAGAAUAGUCAGCAGGCGGAGGGGGCGGCCGGCGACAUCGACGCGCUCCUGGAGACCAUGGAAACCAGCAACGGGCUCUGCUACCAGAGCGAGAGCUCCAGCGGCGCUGCCAGCAGGCCCGUGCUGCACGUGGAGCACCGAAAUCUGAAUCCAGAGACGGAGCUGAAGAGAUAUUUUGGGGCACGGGCCGUUUUAGGGGACCAAAGGCCGAGACAAAGGCAGCGGCAUGCCCUUCGCAGCACCUGGAUGACUGUCUUCAAAAACACCUGGCCACGCUUCACAAGGCCCGGUAUUUCCAUGAGUCUACUGGAGACAAGAGAUGGAGUCCAGUAUUACACGUUUGAACACAGCAGGGACUAUCAGCAAGUUCAGUUCAAAUUCCUGGACGCAGUUGAGUCGAUGGAUCCAAACAACAUUGUGCUCCUGCUGCAGAUGAACCCCUAUCACAUCGACUCCUUGCUGCAGCUUUCGGAUGUCUGCAGGAUUCAGGAGGAUCAGGAGAUGGCCAGGGACCUGAUAGAAAGAGCUUUGUACAGCUUCGAAUGUGCAUUCCACCCCAUCUUCAGCCUGACCUCGGGAACAUGCAGGCUUGAUUAUCUGCGGCCAGAGAACAGGGCGUUCUACUUGGCCCUGUACAAGCACAUGAUGUUCCUGGAGAAGAGAGGGUGUCCUCGCACUGCGCUGGAGUUCUGUAAACUCAUACUCAGUCUUGAUCCUGAUAACGACCCGCUGUGCAUGCUGCUUCUGAUCGAUUUCCUGUCGCUGCGGGCGCGAGAGUAUUCCUUCCUCAUCAGGCUGUAUGAUGAGUGGGAGGUUCAUAGGAACUUGUCCCAGCUCCCGAAUUUUGCCUGCUCGCUUGCACUCUCCUACUACUUCCUCAGCCUUCAGGAUGACGUGAGCCCAGAAGAAAGCACCCGGAUGAAACGGAAGUCAGACGAGCUGCUCCAGAGCGCUCUGAUCAUGUUCCCGAGCGUUCUGAUGCCCCUGCUGGACCUGUGCACGGUACAGCCCGACGCUGCGGUGUCCUCACAUGAGUUUUUUGGACCGAAAUGCCAAAUAGGGCAGCCCCCCGCGCUGAAUGAGCUGGUGUCGCUGUUCGUGGGCCGGUGCCACCUGCUGUGGAAGGAUGGGGGCGUCAUGGUGUGGCUGGAGGGGAACGUCAAGGAGGUCUUGCGGAGAGUGGACUCCCAGAAGUCCCUCGCGGAGGACUCCGAGAGCAAGAGAAAGCUGAGGUACCAGAGUGCCCCCCGAAACAUCCACCGGCACGUCAUCCUGUCUGAGAUCAAGGGGGCUGUGGCCACGCUGCCUCUGGAAGUGACCACUCAGCCAGUGAUGGGCUUCGACCCUUUACCUCCACUGGAUUCAAUGGCUUCUUACUCCAGGCCCGAAAGAGUCAAUCGAGGAGCGUCCAGCGAGAGCACGUUGUCACUGUUUUUCCGUUCUCUCUUGCCAAACUUCAACCUGCAGGGCGCUGCCAGAGCCGAGGAUGACCUGGAAGUGGCCCGCGCUGGGCGAGAACUGAACCAGGAAGUGAACCGGCUGAUGGUGGCCAUGAGGGACAUGCUGGCCAAUAUCCAGUUUCAGGAGCCUCCCAGGGAGGACCACCCUGAUCGGGAUGAGGAGGAGUGGGAGUGAGACUUUGGGCUUCGCCUGGAGGGGAGGAAGAGCGAGAGAGAAGAGGAUUGCUGAGCAGCAGAAAGCAGGGUGAUGAUUUUGGACAACAGUGGCAACAACAUCGCAUUCAAAAACUGUCUUUUCAGUUUGAUCAUAUCUCUCUGCACUAUUCCUUAAUUAAAACCGUGUGAUCUGUCUGUAGCAAACCUGGAGUUUUUUUUCUUCAAAAUGCAUUGUUGUGGCCGUAUGGGAAAGGCAAUAAGUAGCUCCCAUAUUUAUUGGGAGUAAGUAUGUGUAAGUGGAGAGCGGUCCAUGGGCUUCUGACGAGAGUGGUGGUUUAUGAAAUGUGUACAGCAGUAACGGCCUUCUUUUAUAAGAUAAUUUUGUAAACUAAAAUGUUUUAACAAAUAAAGGGUGUGCCUGAUAUAUUUUUAAAAAUGAACAGCUGAAGUCUACCACCUAUGAAAAUGAUUAAACAAAACAGAAAUCCACAAUAUUAACUAGGAAGGUCUGCUGUUUGCUGUGUUUCACGCUUGGGAUAAUUGCUUUUAAAAGCUCUAUAGAGCUUAUUAAUAUAAUUGUAAAGGGAUAGAGUUAAAAUUAAAAGUUCCUGAUUUACCAAGGCACUGUUAUUGUUGUGCAUGAAGAGCUUUAAUUAAUGAAACCCUCGUCCUGCUUUUAGUAAUACAUAGCUCAAUUCUAAAGUUAAUUACUGGAACACAGCGAGCAGAUGGUUUGUUAAAUUUGAAUUAUGAACUCACAGCUUUGUUAAUGUUAUACCAUGGCUGAAAAAUAUGCUGUUUGACAAGGUUAUACUCAUUUCACAGAACACCAGGAUUGCAUUGGCUUCAUUUGCCUUUACAUCAAUUAAUAAACAUACCGAGAAGGGAUCAGAACCAUUAUCUAAAUUUAAUUUUGAAUAAAGAAAUUAAGCUUUA